AUGGACGAGAAAAACACCCACUGCAUGCUCAUUCGCUCUUUCACGAGCUCUCUCACGCGCUCUUUCACGCGCUCUCUCACGCACUCUCUCACGCGCUCUCUUACGCGCUCUUUCACGCGCUCUCUCACGCACUCUCUCACGCGCUCUCUCGCGCGCUCUCUCACGCGCUCACUCACGCGCUCUCUCGCAUGCACUCUCAGGCACACUCUCACGCGCUCUCUCUCGCGCACUCUCACGCGCAUUCUCUCUCUCACGUGCUUUUCCACUCGCUCAAUCACGCGCUCUCGCACGCGCUCUCUCAUGCACACUCUCACGCGCACUCUCACGCUCUCACACGCGCUCCCUCACGCGCUCUCUCACGCGCUCUCUCACGCGCACCCUCACGCGCACCCUUAUGCGCUCUCUCACGCGCUCUCUCACGCGCACACUCACGCGCUCUCUCACGUGCUCUCUCACACGCACCCUCAUGCACACCCUCACGCGCAUUCUCUCUCGCGCACUCUCACGCGCAUUCUCUCUCUCUCUCACACACUCACUCACGCGCUCUCUCACGCACACUCUCAUGCGCACUCUCACGCUCUAACACGCGCUCUCUCAUGCGCUCUCUCACGCGCUUCUCUCACACGCUCACUCACGCGCACCUCACGCACACCCUCACGCGCUCUCUCACGAGGUCUCUCACGCUCUCACACGCGCUCUCUCACAUGCUCUCCCAUACGCAACCUCACGCGCUCUCUCACGCGCUCUCUCAUGCGCUCUCUCACGCGCUCUCUCACGGGCACCCUCACGCGCUCUCUCACGCGCUCUCUCACGCGCUCUCUCACGCACUCUCUCACGCGCUCUCUCACGCUCUCACACGCGCUCUCUCACAUGCUCUCUCAUACGCAACCUCACGCGCUCUCUCACGCGCUCUCUCAUGCGCUCUCUCACGCGCUCUCUCACGGGCACCCUCACGCGCUCUCUCACGCGCUCUCUCACGCGCUCUCUCACGCACUCUCUCACGCGCUCUCUCACGCUCUCACACGCGCUCUCUCACAUGCUCUCUCAUACGCAACCUCACGCCUCUCUCACGCUCUCUCUCACACGCUCUCUCACACGCUCUCUCACACACUCUCUAAUGCGCACCCUCACGCACUCUCAUGCGCUCUCUCAUGCACACCCUAA